GCUACAUGACUUCCUCUACACUAGCUGAGCAACGCUUGAGCUGACAUGACUCUCUGCCACAUCACAAGCCUUCCGUAUGUGCCAGAAGCAGUUGCUGUACCAACACAAGAGCAUGUAGAUCACUGAGGCAAUUCAUCAUGGAACAUAACAAUUCUUCGGCUGUCCCUCCAGUGUUCAGAACAGCCAGCCUGGUGUUCUACGGCUUCAUAUUUUGUGUGGGUCUAGUGGUCAAUUUUACCGCCCUCUGGGUCUUUGCCCUUACCACAAAAAGAAGAAGCUCUGUCACUAUCUACAUGAUCAAUGUAGCUGUGGUGGACCUUAUCUUCAUUCUACUGCUACCCUUCCGCAUGGCCUACUAUAGCAUGGAUUACUGGCCAUUUGGAGACAUGUUCUGCAAGAUCAAUGCUGCUCUGACUGUUCUCUACCCAUGUCUGGCUCUCUGGCUGUUCGCCCUCGUUAGUGCUGACCGCUAUGUAGCUAUAGUGCAGCCGCGACACAGCAAGGAGUUGAAGAACGUGCACAAGGCCAUGCUGUCGUGCGCAGGCGUGUGGGUCAUGACCCUCGGCGGCACAGCCCCACUGCUCUUUCUUGAGGAAGAACGAGACCGGCUUUCCAACCACACCACCUGCCUGAAGAUGCAUGACAUUGUCUACCUGCGGCAGGACAACGCUGUCCACUUCACUCGUCUGGCUUUCUUCUUCUUGGUGCCAAUGUUUAUCAUGGUGGGCUGCUACAUCGUCAUCGUAGACAACCUCAUCCAUGGCCGGACGUCCAAGCUGAAGCCGAAAGUAAAGCAGAAGUCCAUCCGCAUCAUCAUCACGCUAAUCGCCCAGGUGCUCGUGUGCUUUGUGCCCUUCCAUAUCUGCUUUGUGUUCCUGCUUUUGGAAAACAGCAGCCAGGGCUACAGCACCUGGGGUGCCUUCACCACGUUCCUAAUGAACAUGAGCACAGUGCUGGACAUCAUACUUUAUUACAUUGUGUCCAAGCAGUUCCAGGACCGAGUGAUCAGCGUGAUCCUCUACAGGAACUACCUAAGAAGUGUCCGCAGGAAGAGCCGGCACACGGGCAGCGUUCGCUCCCUCAGUAAUCUCACCAGUGCAAUGAUCUGAGGAACAGUGCCACUAGGAGUCACCAUCUUCUAAUGAGCUAUGCAUAUAGUUCAGUUGAUGAAAAUAUUUUAAAAGGAGUGUUCAGAAAGAGGAAAGAAGAAAUCCUAACUAUAGCUAAAGCAUUUGAGAUUUUGAGAUCACCAGUGUUUUUUCAGAAAUUUUUGAGUUGGCUCUCAUUUGGAUUCCAAGUGCUUGAAAUCGAUGGAAUCAAUUCCAAGAGUCAAUUCCGUUAACUAAAUUAACUUGACUGACAGGGGCUGACUAAGUUGUAGCUGAUUCUCCUCUAAUAACUCUCUCAGAUAGAUGUGGAUAAAUGUUUUGGCACUGGCAACAUUGUCUGAUUGUAAGCCAAAGUUGCAUUUAAAUUUGACUUUGUCUAAAGUAAAAUUCUAGUGGACUAUCUGUGAGCUAUGAGUGAGUCUAGACAAUAACAUAAGAAUAUCUCAAUAUCUCACACUCUGUGAGCAUCCGGGGGCACGCAUGUUGGACGUCACUGUGCGAGUCCAAAGCUUUGGAGUUGACUCAUGAUUCCCGAAUGCCUGGAUUCAAGGAACUGAUCCUCCCAGCCGCACUGGCAUUAUAUUAUAGCCAACGAGAAGACAUUACUGUAUAAAAAAACAGAAACUUCUACUAUGAUUUUUUUUCUCUGGGCUCAGCAAGAGCUUAAUUUAUCAAACUGUAACAAGAAAUAUCCAAAUGCGCAAAUGAUGUUCCCUUUUUAUGGGAUGCAAAUGUGAACCAAGCUAAUCAUUAACUACUUCUCAUAGAAAGCAAUCAAAAGGCAAUAUCUGCAGCACUCCAGAAUAUUUUAGGGAGGCAUCUAAUGUACUCACAAAUAUGUGUAAUAUUUGAAAUUUACUUACAUUGUGUAUUCAUAUAAUUCAGGAUGUCAGUAUUAAAUCAUGUCAGGGAGAUGCAUGAUUUGUAUGAUCUGAGGGUUAAAAUCAGUACACAUAACAUACUUACUAUAUAAGCAAUAAUGAUAGCUCCAAUGAGCACACUUAAAUCUCUAUUUCAGUCUUUUUUGUACCAAGAAUGAAAAUCAAACUCCCUGAAACUAAUGGAAAUCCUAGCCUUUUUCCAAAAAUGAACUUGUCUACAUUUAAAAAGCUUUGCACAGACUGAAAAAAUGUAAUAUGAAAUUAUAAGCACUUUAUAGCCUUCGUUAGUACUGUAUUUAUGUGUACUGUGAAGUCCCAUAGAGAAUAUAUUCAAACAGAACAGUGCUUUUGCUGCCUCAAGGAUGUUUACCGAAUUUUUAAGGCCCUACUGAAGUCCUCAUUUUAUCUAGACCAAAAAUUGAUCUAUGCUUUAAGACAUUAGUAAGAACAAGAACAUUCCACAAAGAACUGCAUAAUGAAUAGAAUCUAUAGCAUGGCAUUUCAUUUAUAUCAGUAUGUGUUUUCUUUUGUUUCAAUAGGCUAAUAUAUUCUUUAAUCUGCCAGGUGGUGGCACCAUUGUACAGAGCUGCCACUGUACUUUUCAGAGUAUUGCUGUAAUCCAUUUUGACCAGCAGGUGGAGUCAUGUGACAGCAGACCCAAGAAAGCAGAACAUAGCAAGACCUCAGCCUUCAGGGUCAUUGUAAGGUGUGAAAAAAGUGGUGUGGUGCCACUGUAUGCAUUUAUGGUUUGGGCUUGUGACAUUUUCCAUCUAACCUAUUUUCGCUGCAUGUACAGUAUCUUAUUUUCACUGAUUGUUUUUAUUUUCUUCGUGCCUCUGAAUGCCACUGUUACUAUAUAAACAUACUGUAUGCAUGACAGUCUGUAUAACUGUUUACUGUCAUAAAAAAAUGAACACUUUGGAAAACUAAUCACAGUACAUGCAUGUAUGAUAUUUAAUUUGCUUCAAAUACAGA